UUCGAUCCCAUCUGAGCAGCUGCGGGGCCGACGGGCGGGUCAGGCCGGGGGCGGCGGCGGGCGGGGGGGUCUGAGCCGGGCCCCGCACGACCCCCGGAGAGCUCCCACGCCGAGUGCCCCCCCCAGCAUGCCGGCCACCCACCCCCCAGUGAGGAGAUGAAUUGGCGCCAUGCGCCCCCCGACGCCCCACCCCCACCCGGAGCCUCCGUGGUCCCCUUCUUGUUGCUGCUGGUCCUGGCAGCCCCGGGCCGCGGCUGCGUCUUCCCCUUCGACCCGCUGACCACGACGUUCUCCAGGGACAUCGAUGAGCUGACCCAGCAUCUGCUCCACGAUUAUUCAGUCUCGAUGCCGUCGAACCUGGAACCGGACGGCUGGUGCGCGGAGCUGUGGCAGGUCCAUUUCCUGGCGGUGGAGCUGGGGCACAUGUGGGGGGUCGCGGGCACGGCCCUGCGGCCCCUCGUGGCGAAGGUGGCCCAGCAGGUCGGGUUCGUCGAGGAGUGCGGCAUCACCGACCCCACAGGCUGCGUGGGGCAGGAACGCAGCAACGUGUCGCGGAUGCUGAGGGCCCUGAAUGGCCACAUGGCGGCGCUGAAGAGCAAAAUGGCGGGGCAGGACCCGGUCGACUUCAGCAACUGCACCCCCGUCCGCUGCCAGCCAGAAGCCCUGGCGCGGCUGCCUGCACCGGACGGGCUCCCGCAGCCCAGCUUCUCCAGCCAGAAGCAGCCGGGGACCCAGGCGUCCGGGGCCAGCUCCCUGCACCAGAACCAUCUGCCGGUGCUGCUCCUCCUGGUGCCCAUCCUGGGGUCUCUGGCCUUCGUCAGCCUGUGGCAGCAUCAGAGGCGGCUCCGCGGCCAGGACCCCCGGAGCCACGGUUGGUCCCGCUGCUAUGGAUUCUGGGACGUGGGCGGCCGGCUGGGGCCGCUGGAGCCGGACUCUGCUUCCUACACCCCACUCCUGCGAGCCAAGCGGAGGGUGGAAUCGGCCAUGCCUCCCGGCGGACUGCAGAGCUGAGGCCUGCGGCCAGCCCCCCAUGGGCCCCGGUGCCCUCCCCCGCCCCCAGGAGGCGCUGUGCAGUGCCAUCUCGCACCCGGCCCCACAGCCCCUGCUGUCUGGACUUCAUUUCUGCAGCGCUGGGGAAGCCGGAGAUGGAUUUUUCUUCUAUACUAAACCACGUUUCGUAGACCCGUCUCCGGGGCUGGGGGUCUUUUGGGGGGGCUGGGGUCUGCAGGGAUGGCCCAGCAGGAAGAGGCAAAAGACCUCCCCCCCCGCAACCCCCGACAGGCCCCGAACUGUUAUUGGAAACAAAUGGAUUUUCCUUCGUGCCAAGACGCGGCCCGUCUGGGGUGGAGCGUGGGGGACUGGUUAUACGAGGACCCUUGACCUGGGUGGGACCCAGAUGCCUGAGUUCCCACCCCAAUGCUGGAGGAGGAACACUGUGGCCCAGUGGGAAUUAUUCACAAUAUUUUAUAUCAA